AUGAAGGAUAUAAAUAAUGAUUCAUUAAAUCCAACCUCAAAAUUAAAGUCUAGCCCAAUAUCAAUUGACUUUAUUUCUUUUAGCCAAAACGAUAUUAAUUGUAUUAAAUGUGGAAAUAAAUACUCCGAGACUCUUUUAUUUGAACAGAAAUAUUGUAAAAGGUGUCUUUUACUUUAUAUUAAUAAAACGACAACUGAUAAUUGCAUAUAUUUAGAUCUACACAUAGCUACUAUAAAUUCUCAAUGUAGUGAACAUAAAACAAGGAGUUUCUUUACUCAAGAAUGGUGUGACAACUGCUCGAUAAUUUCAUUCUUUAAACAAAUACCAACAAAUUCUUUAGCAAUAUAUGAUGAUGAUAUUAGUUUUGAAGAACAAAAUAUAAUAAUUGAAAAUGAAAAAAAUUGUAAAUUUUGUGAAAAAAUAAUUUACGAAACUUCUUACGAAAAACUUAAAAUAUGUUCAGAUUGUUAUCCAAUUUCAUAUGACUUUAUGGUUUCUUCGACAACAAAAGAAACUAUUCCAAUCUUUUAUUUACCAUGGUGGGAUACAUUUUACGUAUGUAUAAUAUGUAAAGCAGAACUUAUAUGUGAUAAUAAUCAAAAAUGGUGUCCGCAUUGUUUCAUAAUUUACAGCGGAUGUAGAUAUUGUUUGACAACAAAUAUUAUUUUUGGAUAUACAGAUCAAUCUCAUUGUAAAAGUUGUAAAAGAGUAAUGUCAAUCACUACGACUAUAAGUAUUGAAAAUGAUGAAAUAGAUGAUUUUAUUUAUAAUAAAAGGAAUAUAAUUAAUAAUUGUGAUAUAAAUGUGGAUUAUAUGAAAGACAUAAUUAAAUAUGGGGAUAAUCCAUUAAAUGUUUAUGACUUUCUUAAAGAAAAGAUAUAUUUUAAUUUUAAUCCAGAAGCUAUAAUGGAAUGGAUACCAUAUUCCCAAAUUAAAAUAUUAAGCCAAAUUGCAGAAGAAGGAUUCAAUAUUAUUUAUAAAGGGAUUUGGAUGGAUGGUGGAGUACAUGGUGCAAAAUAUUCUAAUUGUAAUAGAAAAAAGCGCGAAAUUAUUACCGUAAAAAAAUUUAUCAAUUCAAAAGAUAUCAACAGACUUCUACUUCAUGAGUUAAGAUUAUAUUACCAAUGUUAUAAUAAAUCUUGCCAUAUUCUCCGGUAUUAUGGCGUUACAAAAAAUGAUGAAACAAAUGAAUAUAUGUUAGUUAUGAAAUAUAUAGAUGGAGAAAAUCUGCAUGAUUAUUUACGAAAAAAUUUUAAAAAUAUAACGUGGAAAGAGAAAUUAGAAAUUUUGUUACAAAUUUCAAAUGGACUUAGAAUUAUUCAUGAUGCAAAUUUAGUACAUCAAAAUUUUCAUAGUAAGAAUAUAUUAUUAGAUAAAUCAUAUAAGUCAUAUCAAAAAUGGCAAUUUGGGCAAUGGUUAAUUGGAUUAUCGCAACCUGCAGAUAACAUAUUAUCAAAUAAGGUAUCAUAUGAUAUUGCACCAGAAAUAUUUAAAGGGACUGCAUUUUCUAAAAAUUCUGACGUUUAUUCUAUGGGUAUGGUUAUGUGGGAACUUACAUCAGGUUAUAAGCCUUUUGCUAAUAUUGAACACAAUACCUCUCUUAUCGAUGAUAUUAUUAAUGGAACAAGGCCUGAAAUUACAGAUGACACUCCUGAUUGCUUUGGUAAUUUAAUAAAAAGUUGUUGGCAUUAUAAUCCAACAGAUAGACCUUCUAUAAGUGAUAUAUGUAAAACUAUUGAUGAUUGGUUAAUCAUGGAAAAAAAUGUUGAACUAUUUAGUCUGGCUGAAGAAAAAAGACUCGAGUCAAUACAAUUAGAAAAACUUAAUACAGAAUCUACUAAUAAAUGUUAUUCAAAAGUAGAUUGCAAUAAAUCAUUAAAAUCUUUGAUUUCUGGGUCUUUGUCGUUUUCGAUGAAUUUAUUUAAUAUGAAACUAGAACAUAGCUUAAGAGAACUUGAAAAAAAUGAUAUUCAAAGUUCAUCUUCAGAAUAUGUAACAAAUACACUUAUUUUAUCUAAAAAUCCUUCUAGCAAGCAUAGUAUUGAAGAUGAAAUUCAAAAUAACGAAAAACGUAUUAAAAUUUAG